UGAGGAGAGUAAGAGGACGUUUGACUACAAUGCUGAUCCAGAGAAAGCUAAACGCCAAAGACGUGAUGAUUAAGCUUCGGUUCAUGGAUGUUUUAGUCUUUGCUUUAUAGUUCAAGUAUUGACUUGGUCUUUUUAAAGUUUGCUUCAGUUUGAGUACUAUUUUGGUUUAUCUAAAGACAAUGCGUUGUUUCUUUCCCUUUCAGACUUUGUCAUUCAAUCAUUUGAACUACUUUUUUUAUAAUCACUUCUGUCUCUUUCUAUAUUUAUGUAUACUGAAACUUUCUUUAAAUCUGCUUGACUAAUCUGGUUGUUUGCUAUACUUUGUCUUCUAAUCGUUUGAACUGUCUUUUUGGUUUUGUUUGUAAAAUUAUUGUUUGAUUGAAUAAUGACUGUGCCUCACUUUUUUUUUAAUUAUAGUAACUCAGUUUCAACGUACCUUAACUAUUGUUUACUGUUUGCUUUACUUAUAUUAUAUAAGUAAUAUAUAAUAAAGUUUCGCAAUGACCUUAAACAACUCAUCAAGCUCUGAACAAUGGCAACCAUUCCCUUUCAUAACCACCUUCUCCCUAAGCCGGCCUUCUAAUCAGCUCACCAUAAUUUGCCGGGGGAUGUUGGCCGGCGAUAUAAAGAAGUUAAAGAAUCAAAGAGUUUGAAAAACGUGUAUAAAGAUCAAGAGUUUAAAUAAUACACGACUCACAAAAUUUUCCAAGAUUGCAUGAUUACAAAUAUGGUAAGGAAUCCCAUGUUAACGUAAAAUUUUCAUCUAAAAAGGAAAGUCAUAUAUUUCAUUAAACAAGCAAUACCAAUCUUUGACUAUUCAUUUCAAAGAGAAAAGAAAAAUACUUAAAAACAAACUCACCCAAAAAAAAUCAUCCUUCUCUUCCGUAGAAAAUAAGAUUUCUUAGGCAAAGUCUUUCUCUCCCAAAAACUCAUCUGUAUCUUCGUUACGUCAAUAAACCAUACCCGUGCUCACGUGUUGCUUUCUACCUUCAGGAAUGAGUUCGUUGUGGGGAUCGCUUCUCAACACUAUGGAUAACCCACCUACUGAUCAGCCCAACAAAGCUUCAGGUAAAUACAUAAUCUUCUGUCUCCUUAGAAGGAUCCAACAAUUAUGUUUUUCUUUUUUUUUGGGGUUUCUGUUUCUUAGUGGUCAAGGAAUUGAAAUAUUCAAUCCAAAUAAAAAAUAAAUAAAGACUUCAUAAGCCUUAAAGAAUCAAUAAAGUGAUAUGAAGCUAAUGGAUGAUUAAGUGCACUAACAAACAUAUAAACUAAACCCCAUAUAGAAACCAAACUAACGAAUCCGAGAAAAUAGAGCUUUGUAAUAUACAACAUUAGCAACGCAAAAACUUAUCUUUGAGGCGAGAAGACAUGAAGAAUAAGAAUUAAUAUGAAUUAAUUCCAAAUUAACAUAUAAAGUUCCAAAUUAAUUUUUUAACUCAAAAUCCUUCAAAUAAGAAUUUGUCAAAAAAAAAAAAUAUUAAUAUGAAAAGAAGUUGUACACACUAAAUAUUUAUUUGAAACAAAAAAACUCAAUAUACUAAUUCAAAAUUUUUAACUAAAAAAAAACAUAUAAACUUAGCUUCUGCUCACUAACAAACAUAUAAAUUUAGCUUCUGCUCACUCAACAUAUAAAGUUCCAAAUUGAUUUUUUAACUCAAAAUCCUUCAAAUAAGAAUUUGUCAAAAAAAAAAAUAUUAAUAUGAAAAGAAGUUGUACACACUAAAUAUUUAUUUGAAACAAAAAAACUCAAUAUACUAAUUCAAAAUUUUUUUUGAAAAGAAGAAUUAAUUUCAUUCUGAUCUCGAGAUCAUAUCUGUAAAAUAUUAUUUAUAUAUUUUUCUGUAAUUAUUAAAUAUCAUAGACAACUACAUAUAUAUGGAAAAUAAAAGAACAUUUCAGUAAUACUAAUUUAUUUCUGAAAAUAUAUCCCUGUGUGUAAUAAUUGUAGUUGGAAAUACAUGUAUCUUAUUUCAAUUUAUUGUUUUGUUUGUAAAGUUCUAAAGAACGUAUGCCCUUAAUUAAAAUCGCAUGUUUUACAGUUUCAUCUUACAUGCAACACAUUCCUCAAAGAAUCCACCAACUUCAAGAAGGGAUUUCAGUGCGUCCUAUCACGGUAUGUAUAAGAAAGGUUUGGGACAUCAGAAAACACCAAACAGAUAAUACUCAAAUUUGCAUCGGCUUCCUGUGCUACCACCACCACGUAAGCCUUUUAUUAACUUUAACAUAUACAUAUAUAUAUAUAUAUAUAUAUAUAUAUAUGCAUUUUCCAAUCCACCAUAUUUGAUUUAAGUAUUAUCUGUUUUAGCAUCCUACAAAACGAGAAGGAUAGGAAAUUUAAAGUUGUUAUCAUCACAAGCAUAAUUCAUAAACUUUCCCAAGGUAAAUAGUUUUAUUAAACACAUCAAAAAAAAUACAAAUCUAAAUUUUUUUUAUCAACAUAAUAAUAAAAUCUAAUAUUUUCCAGGCAAACUACUACUCCGUUCAUCACCAGCAACCAAUUUCUACUUCAACAAAUCAAUUGAUUACAUAAAGCAUUUCAAAAGGCGAAUAAGAGAUUAUGCGAGAACAUGCAGCAAAAAGUGAUUUUAAUUCAUGCAUCAUUCAGAUUAUUAUUCUCUUUUUCACAGAACUUGAUACCUAGAUUUAUUUACAUUUUAAACUAUUUUAUCAUUGUUUUUAUGUAAAUCUCUAAUUCUAUAUAAAAUCUAAAACUUAACUUCUGUUUUUCAAUCUUUGUUAAGCAAUUUAAAUAUAUAGAGAACAAAUUAAAAAGACAUAAUCCGCGCGUAGCGCGGACAAAGCAUCUAGUACUAUUUAAGAAUUUGUUCAACAUAGUUAAAGGCCGGAAGAGCAAUAAAGGGAUAUGUAUUCUCAAUAGUGCCGUGCCAAGUAAAGAAAUUUGGAUACAUUCGCUUAUGUCAAAAAAACUUUGUAGAAGAUUUACAGAGCAUCAUUUUGUUUACACACUAAAUCAUUGACAUUAUACAUUUAUACUCCUCACUUAUUCUCUAAAUUAUGAAUUAAAUGUUAAUUAUGGCAAUUAUUUAUGUAUCCUAAUUUUUUUAUUUUUUUUGUGUUUAUACAUAUGUUCAUCUUUUUUAGUUUGCCAUAAUAAUUCAUUUUUCUUCAUCUCUUAUAUCUAAUUUGUGUAACGCCAGCUAUAAAGCGACAAACAACCGUCUAGCUAAGAAGUACUAAACAAGGACGAGACUUCAAAAAAGACUCAUGGGAAAAUACAAAGAACUAUUCAGACCACACCGAACAAACCAGCACUAGGAUACGAGACAUGAAGAGGAACAAAUCAGAAUCGACCUGCCCCGGUGCUAAAAAGCCACUGGAGCCGAACACCUACAAGAGGACGAGGGAAGCUUAAGGGUUUAGAGGUUAGACCGUUAGAGCGCUAGUCUUACUAAUCUAAUCUAUCUGCAUAAACAUAUGCUUUGUUUAUAUUUUUUUAUCGUCAUAUAAAUUUGAAUAGUGAGAAAUAAUAAUUGAAUAGUAACAUCUUUGGAUAAUCGAAGAAAGAGAAGGUGGGGGAUGAUAUGUGAUCUCAAUCAAGAAAAGCCCAUAUGGCGUGUUCCCGUGGCCUCGCCACACCAAACCCCAUUUAUUCCAAAUGAAACCUGCAAUUAAUUGCCAACCCAAGCUUUGUCUAUUAAUGUAUUUUUGCCCUUAAUGAAAAUGAGCAAAAAAAAAAUGAAGAUAUAUGCAUAAAAAUAAUGUAUAUUUUGGUAUAGUAUCUUCCUAUAUGCUGACAAAAAAAAACAAUUCAUAAUUAUUUUUGCAAGCUGUUCAGUUUUUGUUUAUUUUCCUAAGACCUAAUAUUAAGAAAAUGCACACGAAGUUAUGCAUUAUGAAGAAACAUAAAUGCCGUUAACUAGAAUUCAAAACUGAUAAACAUAUAUGUUAAUGUUUAUUAAUUCAGUGCCAAUAUAUAUUAUAAAAGAAUGCAUUUUCUUUAAUUUCUAUUCAUUAUUAAUAUGUAUAUUUGUGAAUUUCACAAUACCAUGAAUUCAAACUGCAAAAUUGCAUGUUUAAGUAUUACUACCAAGUAGUGGAAGUUUAUUCCAACUUGUUUCUAGUUUUAAGAAUUUGUCCUUUUGCUCAAAGAUAACCUUUCGAGACUACAUUGACCUAUUUUAUACCUACUUACAAACAUAAAGAAACACAAAUUGUCGUCCGUAGUAUAUAUUUUGAGGGAUGUUUGGUAAUUCUUUAAUUAUUUUUUGACACGUUAAUAAAGUAACUUAAGAGAUACAUUGGUGCAAUUAAAGCAAUCUAAGCCGAUGAGGAAAUGCGUCGAGAUUUGUGAACAGUUUGCCUAAAUUUUAAGCUUAUCACUUAGAUAUAGUGUCAGAUAAAUACCCUUAAUUUGAAUAGAAGGCAAGGCGACAAUGCAAAUAUAAUAUAACACUUACGCGAGUAAAUAACGCAGUGGGGGUAACUUAAACAAAUUAUUAAAACAUCAUCAAAUGAACGAAUGUGUUAUGUACCAAGGUUGAUGAUAACAUCUCAACAGAAUCGUCGUCCAUAAAAGCAAUUAGAUCACAUAUUCCAGUGAAAUAAUCGUUUAGAUUAAAAAGAAAAAGAAUUAACAAAUGAAAACAAGUAAGAACCAAGAUUUUGAAGUUAAAUGGAUGAAUCAUGAAUUUAAUGUUUAUAAAGUAGACUGUCUCAACUGGAGAACAAUUUCACACACAACACAAGUCGUAUAACCGGAGGUUGUUUUGUUUCCUCACUUCAAAAUGCAAGAAAGUAUGUAUUUUAAGCUAUAUUAGAGAUUGACAUGCACGUCCGUACGGAUAUUAAUUUUAACUUUUUAAAAAAAAUAAAUUGUUAUCUUUUUCAUCAUUAGUGUUAUAUAUUUUUAUAAUAUUUUAGGUUCUUGUUCAAUCAGAAUUGGAUUCAAAUCAAAUCGGAUAAUAUGAUCACUUUUGGCUAUUUGGUUAUUUAUAGAUUAUUUUUAGCUUGAAUUCAAAAUAUCCGAACCAAAUCGGUUACUCGGUUAGUAUGGUUACUUUUGGUACAAAUAUCCAAACUUGUUUUGGAUACAUUAGUUUUGGAUAUUUUAAAGUUUCUACACAUCAAAACUGAAUCCAUCCAUAUUUGGAGGACUCGGCUCGAAACCCACCCAAAAUUUUAUAAUAUCUGGUGGGAGCUUAAUUUCCAAACUCAAUACCCGAAAGAAACAACUCGUACCUAAAUAGGUACCCAAAUGUCUAUGUCUAACUGAUAGUAAACAAAUAAAAAGAACUCUUUGUUAACCAAUUUGGAUUCUUAUCACAAAUAGAACAAUUUUAUUCAAUCAAGUCAAAUUAUUAUGAUUAAGAUGUAAAUAAAUAUUGUCGAAAUAUUAUAGUAAAGAUAAUUAAUGAAGUAGCUAAAAAAAUAAAUAAAGAAUGUAAAAGAUAAAAUAAAAAUACUUCAAAAUAUUUAAAUUUUGUUUUGUAAUUUUCUAUUAAAUAAUGUCGAAUUAUUUAGAAAAACAAUAAAUGAACUGGUUAAAAUUAAUUAAAAAUAGAAUAAAUAUCUGUAAAAAAUCACUUGAAAAUAUGAAAGUAUUGUUUUGUACUUCACUUUUAAAAGAAUAUAUUUUAAUAGAAUAGAUUCCUCGUAUUUAAUAUAGAUAUAGAAUAGGAUCUAAUUUCUCGAUCUGAAGGUGUUGCAUUUUUUAUAGAUUUUAUACAUUAAAUUUUUUAAAUUAAAAUUCAUUAAUCCGCAAGCCAAGGAAUAAUUUUUGAAAUUUGUAAAUGACUGAUAUUAAUAGUUAAUAGCUAAUAUUAUAAUUGUUUUUGUUAGUUUUUAAUGUAUAUAUAUAUAUAUAUAUGUGUGUGUGUGUGUGAUAUAUGGAUCUGUAUUGUUUGUAUGAAUCAAGCACAACCAAAAAUAUAUACGUAUGAACAAAUCGGUUUGAUGUAUAUAGAUUUUGUUUGUUUGUAAAAGAUUGAAAAAUCGAUUAAUGUACAAAAAUAACUAAAUUAAACCAUACAUUGCUUUGUAUAUAGGGUAUAUCGGUAAGAGGUGAGGAAGAAAAGAAGAUAAAUUGUUGUUGUUUAUUAUUAAAGAAAGAAUUGUGUAUACAAAUGAAAGCAUAAAGCUAUGUAUAUCAAUGAUUGUAUGCUGAACAUUGAAAUGGGGGAAUAAGAAAUGUCCGUAUAUGAUAGGAUUAUAGUAAAUAAUUUUGGCGUUUUUUAGUUAAUAACAAAUUUAGAAUAAUGCAUUAAUUCAAUAGUAAAACUGCAAAAGACAAAGGAAACAUAAAUAUAGGUUCAAUUAAUACAUCAGUGGCAUUGUAGUGUAAAUAACUUAUAAAACUAAAAAGUAAUUUAUAUUUAUAAUUCUGUUUUAAUAAAUUAGAUUACCGCUCUGAAACAAGAUAUCCAAGAGAAACAUAGACAGCAUAGUUUAAGAGUGAAGAUGAAAAAUAGUAAAAAUAUGUUUGAACACAAAAAGAGAGAAAAUAUAUUAAGAAACUUGAAAGUCAAAUGUAGUCCAUGCAGGAACUGGUACAGAACACAUGGUCGGAUUCCAAAAUGAGUCAACUCCUCGGAUCUUACAAACCUUACCAAUCUAAUUAAGUGGGAAGUGUCUGUAUAUUACUACUAUACAUAAUACUUAUCUCAAUAACUCGUAAAUAAAUAUAUUUUUCAUUCAGUGUUUAAUUUAACAAAUAUUCUAUCCCAAAUAAAGUCAAUACGCAAAUACUGAAGGAGUAAUGAGUUUAGUUUACCCGCCCCCGCCCCCCUACUUAAGUGAUAAAGAUAUAAUACCAUUUUGAUGGUUAGUAAUCACAAAAACUGGAAGAUUAGUAGUCUAAUCAACUAUAGUUAUUGAUUUUAUCAGCUAUAGUUGUUGGUUUAUGAUUAUUGAUAUCUGGGAGGAAAUAAAUAAUAACGUUUAUUGAAUUAUCUUUGUUAAAAACGUUAACCAAUAACUAUCAAUCAACUUUGGUGAACAAAAAGUUCGAUUUUACACGUCUGUCAACUUGUUUGAAUCUCCUUAACAUUUUUUACCAAAAAAAAAACUUGUUUGAAUCUCAAAAACAAUAACUCGUACUUUUUUAAUUCAACAAAAAUUGCAACUUGUUUGUUUUCUUUAUCAUGGUCUGGCCUUGUACUUUAUGUAAAUAACUAAAGCCACAAUAGCUACUUUAAAUGGUAUUUAUAAAUUAUAAUCAUAUAUCAUCCGUACAAGAAAAAGUUGCACUUUGUCCACACCAAUACAGUGGAAACGAACACUAUAUUCAAGUAAAACUCGCUCUCAAAUACGAAGCUAAAGUUAUCAAUCUUUGUCUGAAGACGAACACGCCCAAGAAAAGAAGAAAACAAAUCUGCACAAAGCAUUGAUGAACGAAGAACACUUCACGUUUCAGUGAGUCUCUUUUUUUUUUCUCCACCUCUGAAUGUCCUUUUUGCUCACAUUUUCGUUGUUGUGGUCCUACUUGGUAUUCUUACAGCUGUUUCGUUUUGUGUUGUGUUAUGUCGGUGCCUUAAUUUCAACUUCCUUUUUUAGUUUUCACAUGUCGACAUUUUUUUCCCCGUAAAAUAAGUCUAUACUCUGUUGCAGGGUUUUGCGGUCUUGUUUUGCUUGUUACCUAAGCGACUCAAAAACUUUUCCCCUGUUUUCUUGCUCACUAGUCGUUCAUUUCUGAAACAGUUUCACAUCUCAUGGGUUUCCUCUUUUAAUCACACAAAGCUCGUCUUCUUGCUCAUCAUUACUCGAUACUAUUAGAUCUUUUGUGUACAGUUGUAUAUACAAACAAAAGUGUCUGUCUGAUCCCAAAAUAUGGGUUUAGUUCUCUUCCCUAUUUUUCUGGAAAUUUAAUGUCCCCAAGUUGAUAUUCUUGUGGCAUAAUGGGUUUUUCUUCAUUGAUAAAGUAAAGCUUCUUGAUUCACGGUUCAUUACACCUGUAAAGUUUUGAGACUUCUCGUGUUGUUAAAGAGAAAAAAAGCAAUGGGUUAUGGUAACUCAAGAUCUGUGAGAUUUGAAGAAGAUUCAGAAGUAACAAAGCCACAAGCUGUACAUGAAGAAACUGCGGUAAAGCUCAAGUUCAAAAUCAAUGGAGCUCAAAUCUCUCCUAGAAAAAAUGUAAAGAAGAUGACUAGAGGGAAGUCUUUUAAAGAUAAAGUACUCUCCAGAGUGUUCACUGAGGAUCUUGGGAGAGUUAAAAACAAAAUCCUCGAUCCUCGUGGACAGACAAUAAGAAAAUGGAACAAACUCUUUCUCAUAGCAUGUUUGGUUUCUCUGUUCGUGGAUCCUCUGUUUUUCUUCUUACCGGUCAUGAGAAAAGAGGCUUGUAUCACCAUUGGAAUCAGACUCGAAGUUGUUCUCACAGUUAUUAGAUCUUUGGCUGAUGCUUUCUACAUCGCUCAGAUUGUUAUACGGUUUAGAACGGCUUACAUCGCCCCUUCUUCUCGUGUAUUCGGUAGAGGAGAGCUUGUGAUUGAUUCAAGAAAGAUUGCUUGGAGGUAUCUCAACAAAAGCUUCUGGAUUCAUUUGGUUGCUGCUUUGCCUUUACCUCAGGUGUUGAUUUGGAUCGUAAUACCAAAUCUAAGAGGCUCACCAAUGACAAACACCAAGAACACUCUUAGAUUCAUCAUCAUAUUCCAGUAUGUUCCAAGGAUGUUCCUUAUAUUCCCUCUCUCUCGCCAGAUCAUUAAAGCCACUGGUGUUGUAACUGAGACUGCUUGGGCAGGAGCCGCCUACAACCUCAUGCUAUAUAUGCUAGCAAGCCAUGUUUUAGGUGCUUGUUGGUACUUGCUUGCAGUUGAGAGGCAAGAGGCUUGCUGGAGACAUGCUUGCAACAUCGAGAAACCGAUUUGUCAAUACAGAUUCUUCGAGUGCAGAAGGCUUGAAGAUCCUCAAAGGAACUCUUGGUUCGAAUGGAGCAACAUAACAACUAUAUGCAAACCUGGAACUAGGUUUUACGAGUUCGGUAUAUACGGAGAUGCAGUAACUUCAACUGUUACUUCAUCAAACUUCAUAAGCAAGUACUUCUACUGUCUCUGGUGGGGACUGAAGAACCUCAGUUCCUUGGGACAAAAUCUAUCCACGAGCACUUACGUUGGUGAGAUUAUCUUCGCUGUUGUCAUGGCGACUCUAGGGCUUGUCCUCUUUGCAUUGCUUAUUGGAAAUAUGCAAACAUAUUUACAGUCGACAACCAUGAGACUUGAAGAAUGGAGGAUAAGGAGGACAGAUACAGAGCAAUGGAUGCACCAUAGGCAGCUUCCUCCAGAGCUAAGACAAGCCGUGAGAAAAUAUGAUCAAUACAAGUGGUUAGCCACAAGAGGAGUCGAUGAAGAAGCUUUAUUGAUAAGUCUUCCUCUUGAUCUCCGAAGAGAUAUCAAACGCCAUCUAUGUUUUGAUCUUGUUCGACGUGUUCCGCUGUUCGAUCAAAUGGACGAAAGAAUGCUUGACGCGAUCAGCGAGAGGCUAAAACCGGCAUUAUUCACUGAAGGUACGUUUCUUGUGAGAGAAGGCGACCCGGUCAAUGAAAUGCUCUUCAUAAUCAGAGGCCAUCUUGAUUCUUACACAACAAAUGGAGGCAGAACCGGGUUCUUCAACUCUUGUCUCAUAGGACCAGGAGAUUUUUGCGGUGAGGAGUUGCUUACCUGGGCGUUAGAUCCACGUCCGGUUGUGAUCUUACCGUCUUCCACACGCACCGUCAAAGCCAUUUACGAAGUUGAAGCGUUUGCUUUGAGAGCUGAUGAUUUGAAGUUCGUGGCUACACAGUUUAGGAGAUUACAUAGUAAGCAGUUGAAACAUAAGUUUAGGUUUUACUCUCAUCAAUGGAGAACUUGGGCGGCUUGUUUCAUACAGGCUGCUUGGAGACGGCACAAGAAGAGGAAGUAUGCGACUGAGCUGAGGGUUAAAGAGGAGUUUCAAUGUAUGUUUGAGACGGCCUCGAUGGUUAGGCUAAACAGUGGGAAGUUUACUCGUAGUGGGUCGGAUUCUGGUAUGGUAUCUUCGAUUCAGAAACCAGUAGAACCGGAUUUUUCUAGUGAAUGAAAUUGAUAUAUGAUUUGCUUUGGAAUUUUUUUUUUUGUAUAAUUAAUGUGUAUUAUUUAACUGUAACUCUUUUAAUCGUUUGAAAAUGUUAUUAAGUUGUUUGAGCACCUAAGGUGAGAUAUGUCGAGCAAUGCUGUUUGCUUUCAGGUUUUCUUGUUCAAUUUGACAAUUAACAAGAUCCUCUCGUAUCAUUGGGUUAUAUGCUUAGUAUGUUGGGAUUGUAAAAUUCCAUGUCUAACUCUAUCUUAUAUUAUUAGUACGAUAUUGUCCACUUUGGGCUGGCCCGCAUGGAUUUACUUUUGGUUUCCUUCCCAAAAGGCCUCGUACUAUUAGAGUUGGACUUCUCUUUAUAUAUUAGACUUUCCUUUGUCAAAUAUCCGAUGUGGGACUUAACUUGUUAUCUCACAUUCUUCCCUUCAAGCUAAGGACCACAUUCAUCUCAUAUGUUUCCUUCGGCGAAUCAUCUUCGGCACCACCUUGUACCAGUAAUCGCAGGGCUUUCUUUGAGAAUGUUUUUUUCCCACUACACAUCACAGGUUCCAUGAUCUUCUGACGUUUCUACAACAUACUUUCUCUUUCUUCUUCUACCCGUUCUUACUUAAAAGGUAUUUUAGUCUUCUUGCAUCUCUUUGUCAAACCUGGCUCUGAUACCAAUUGUUGGGAUUGUGAAAUCCCAUGUCCAACUCUAUCUUAUCUUAUUAGUACGAUAUUGUCCACUUUGGGCUGGCCCGCAUGGAUUUACUUUUGGUUUUCUUCCUAAAAGGCCUCGUACUAUUAGAGUUGGACUUCUCUUUAUAUAUUAGACUUUCCUUUGUCAAAUAUCCGAUGUGGGACUUAACUUGUUAUCUCACAUAGUACAAGUGCGAUUAGCUUGGCCAUACUUCAACCUUAGGUAGUGCUUCAAGAAAAAUCUUCCGAGUCCACCACAAUUAUGACAUCAUUAGGAUGUAAAUCUUGGCAGCUUUGAAGCGCACAUUUCCCACAUCUUAGUUCUGCAAUGGUUCUAUUUGGCUAGCAUGUAAAACCGUCCCUAGCAUGAAUAGAACGCACCAUUACUAUCUCUAGCAAGCAAGGCUCCACCUAAAUUUAUAACUUUUUAAAUUAUAUUUUUUUCCAGCAAUUCAAUGUCGGAUAUAUAAACACUAAAUUUUUAGAAAAUGAGAAAAUGAGCUUAACUGGUCUGUCAAAUAAAGAGGAAUAGUAAUAAAAUAUCUGAAUAAUUGUUAGUGGAAUAAACUUAACGAAAUAAUUGUGUUCAGCAUAAACACAACACACACACCCCUAAGCUGAACGAGAUCUGUUAAAAGAUCAUAAGAAAAUGAUAAUUUUCUUGGAGACUACGGAUGAUAUCACAUGAAGAUAUGGAAGCACACGGAAGAUACUUGCUACGAAGCUGCACCCGAGUUUGUGGAAGCAUAGUUUCUUUUUGAAAGAGCUAUUGUAACCUAAACAAAUCAGUUGUAACCACUAUAUGUACCUCAACGCCUGCACUUCCUCAGAACUGCCCCUAGUAACUGCACUUGGAAGAUGUUUUUCUUUUGGUAGAAUACCCAAAAUAAGCAUUAAAAAUAUAAAAGUUUUUUUUUGGUAAAAUGUUAAAUUUAUAAAAUAUAAAAGUUGUCAUAAAAUCAUGUCCAUAAAAAUUAAUGAAAAAACUGUAGACAAUAAGGCUAUUUUGUCUUACGGCAUAUCUAACUAAUCAAUUAAGAGUCUUUCACUUGUUGAUUCAUGUCACUGGAUGCAAGAUCAAAUAAAUUAUGCAAUAGCUUGAGAUAGAUGCCACAAACAUCCCCUAUAUUAAUAGAAAAAGAUUUAAAAAGUUGAAACUUUAAAUUUGUAUUAAUUAAAAAAAAGUUUUGUUUAGGUGUCACUUAAUUAUGAUAUUAAUUUGGCUUACGUAGCAACAUAAGAAUCAAUUGAAAAAUUAGUAAGUUCAAAAUCCAAUCGCUAAGAAAAAUUAUAUUUAUCCAAACAUAAAUAUAUAUGAUAUGAUAAACUUAAUACUCGACGAUCUCAUUAAAUUAAUACUCGGCGAUCUCAUUAAAUAAGAUUUUUUAAAUGGUUCAAAGUUGAUUUAUAUUGUGAUCCAACAUAAUACUUUUUUUAAAGUGUAAGGUAUACUCUUAGUAUGUUUUAUUUGGAAAGCAAUUAAAAUCAAAGUUUGUUAUAUAUUAUGGCCUAAGUAUUGCAUAAUUUUGCUAUAAAUCGAAACUAAUGAUUUUUAAGUGUUUUUUUAUUAAUAUCAAAGAGACGCUUUGAUAAAAAAGAGUAAAGAGACGCAACUAUUCAAAUUUGUUUUGUUGAUAAAUAAAAAAAGAAUAUUGUUCGGUUCUCAUGCCUUUCUCGCCUACAAAAACUUAUAUAAAGAGUAAUACAUAAAUUAAGUUCUUUUAUUACCAAACGAACUUAUAUAUCAAAUAUUUUUCCUUGCAACACAAUUCUUUAGAACUUAUAUUAUGAAAUUUAUAUUGAAGAUUAAGAAAAAGCUUUGUCCCUGCCUAAUUUUUUUCGUAGUUUAGAAAAACAUUAAUAAUGACCUUUCGUAAUAGUUGAUGAUAUAUAUCACGUUAACCUAACUUUCAUCAUAUACAAAGUAUCGGUUGCACACAAAUAAUACUAUCAUCUUUCUAUACUUGGGCCUUAAGUAUAAUAAUAUUCGGGCUGCAAAAUUUUAUGUUGUCUUAAUGUGACCCAUUACCAAACUAUAAUUCAAAUUAUAAGCUUAAUCCAUUAAUUUGUAAUUAUCAUUUUAGUUUUAAUUUUCUAUCUUAUGUUGUCAAAAAAGUAAAAAUCUGAUAUUCUGAAAAUAGUGUAACUUCAAUAUAAAAAAAAUUAUUUAUUGAUAUGUUAGUAAAAGAAAAUAUCCAAAUGUAUCGGCCCAACAUAUAGUUGAUUAUAUAAACAAUAAAAAUUGUAUACAUAUAGAAACAAUUUGAUCAUAAAUAAAUUUUAAAUUUGUCAAUACAAUAUGUUUAAUUAAAAAACAACUACUUAUUUUGGAUUAUCUAUAAUUGAAUUCGCUUAAAUGUUCUUUUUAAUUUCAGUUGAGCCGAAGGAGGAUCAAUCGUAAAUUUCCGGUAUUAUUAUCGUUAGAAGACAAUAAAAAUCCUAAUUUUGAACCAAAUUUUCGUGAUACACAAUUUUAGAAUCAAUCUCUUUUGGUAAGUUUAAAUUAAUUGUUUUCAUACCAGCUGUUUAAAUAAAUAAGAAAUUUUUCCACCAAGUUAACGCUUCCACCGAAUUUUUAAGCUUGGUACAAAAUUUUGAAGAAGUUAUAUAUGGUAAGUUUAAUUUACGAUAAUAAUAUACUUUGUCACAAAGUCUAUAAUUUCUACCUUUGAAAACAACUUGCCAAAUAUGUUUGUGGUAGUUAUUGAAAAUUUAAAAAAAUGUUGGUUCAAUGUAUCAUGCUAAAAUAUGGUUUCUAGAUAAUUAAUGCUAUUUAUUUUAAUUUUUCAAACAAUCCAAAAACCUACCUAUGCCUACUAUAUAUAUACGGUUGAGUUUUCCCUUAGAAAUGCCAUCAAUCUUUUUCACAACUCUUAAUUUAUGAUUAUAGGAGUAUCAAUGAUAUCCCAUUUUAAUUGUUUGAUUUGGGCUUCAUAUUUUUUAUAUGUGUACCAAAUAUUUAUAGUUGAUUAAUUAUUCUAUAUUGAGAAAAACACAAAUAUCAAAUAUAUUUUGACCACAAGAACACAUGUAUUCAGAAAUCAUCAGAUUUUGCAAUAUAAAACAUAAUUUUUUUAAUAAUUAUUUCACCAUGCGCUUUGCGCUUAUCCUAGUAUCUAACUAAUCAGCAAACCCUGUGGAAGAGAAAAGCAUAAUCUCAUAUCUACCUGGGCAUACAAAUUUAAUGUCGUGGCAAUUUUUUCAAGAAUAGGCAGACCCACGUUAAAAUAGGGUUCAUUUGUGUAAUAACCAAAUUUAGAAGUAAAAUUAAAAUAUAUCAUUAGUCUUGACAUAAUUAGAUCUCAUUGCAUUUGUUUCACUUUCUCCCAAUUUUGUUCUUUUUAAAGUCGGUUUCCAGUUACAUAAAAAAAGAAGCAAAACAAUGGUACUGAUUAUUCUGGCGGUGGUUGUUAGGCAGUGGCUCAACGGCUAUGGUGGUGAGGGUGAUGACUACGAUAAGGGUGGUUACAAAUGAAAUGGCGGUGGUUGUUAGCGCGGCAGAUAACACGACGGAGAUGGUUGUGACUCAGUAAGGGUGAUGACUACCAUAAGUAUGGUCUUUUGUAAUGUAAAACUCAUAAUGGUAUAUAACAUACUGUAGUAUGAAAUAAACUAAAUAGCAUGGUACAUACAAUAAUUUUAUCAAAUAGCAUAUUAUAUUAUAAAAUCAUAAUAUGUUUACAUGCUCGACAUAUACAAGUGUUUUCAAUCUUUAUAUCUAUCUUAUAGAUAGUAAGCAACAUGAAAUAAAAUUAUAAAUAACAUGUAAACAUAAAUCUUUCAUCAUACGAGAAUAUACAAAUAAAAAAUAUAAAUAGAAUAGAACAUGCUAAAUAGUAUAGUUCAUAUUAAUGAAAUUAUAAAAUGGAGAUCAAAAUUGUAAAAGGGAGGAGGUGGUGGUGUACGAGGAGUAGCAAGAAGAGGAGAGAGGAGCAAGAGAUACAGAAGAGAGAGAGAGAGGACUUAAAGAAAUAUGAUGUAAUGUUAGUAUUAUUAUUCUAUAUAUAUAUGUAAUAUAAAAUAUAAAAUAUUGCAUAAAUACCACUGUUCAUCUUCUUCAAUUUUUAUUUCCAUUUUUACUAUUAUGUGUUGAAUCAACCCAAACCUUCUAUAAAUUAUACCCAAAACAUUAAUCACUAAACUCUAGAAAUAAAUAUAAACUCUAACUCAAAUAUCAAAAUAUACACAUAAUACAUAAUAUGAAACAUUAUCAAAAUAAAAUAAUAACAAACAAAAUAACAUUAUACAUAUUGUUCAAAUUUUGAAAUGACUAUGAUUGUAGGGAAUGAGGUAAUGCUUACCUUAACAUCAACCCAAACCUUCCAUAAAGUAAACCCAUAAUUAAACUAAUCACUAAAUCCUAAAAUAAAAUAUAAAUUCUAACUCAAAUAUCAAAAUA